AUGAGCAGGUGUUUCCUAGCGCGUUUUGUUCUCGUUUUAUUGCAAGCGCUCGGUGCAGGGACCGGGUUACCGCCGAGGUCGCCGCCCCCCGCGCCUACCCCGCACACCCCCGCGUCGCCCGCGCACACCCCGCACACGUUGCCGCACCUCGUCAGUCGUCACACCGCACACUCCUGCGAUGUGGAAUGUCAGCUCGCCGAAGGUAGUACGCGAUCGCAAAUGUCAUGUAAAACUGCAUUAAGUACGCCUCACUACUCGGUUAAGUGUUACACUCGAUGUGUUGCGCUGUCGGGCUUUGGUUCAGAACCAAAACAACUGACGAGAGUUACGUCAACACUGCGGCCCAAUGUUUAUCAAACAGUCGUAAAGCACCCAGUUCGCGCCGCUCCGCUCGCUGAGCGCGGGACCCGCCACGUUAGUAUGCACCGCGUGCCGUGUGACGUAGAGGCGAACACGCGGGCCUCGACCUACUCCUGGCUGCUGCUGCUACUAGUAAUCGUAAUCACU